AUGUGGCUGAUGCAGGACGCUGUGGGCUUCGGCCACGUCCACGCGACGUCCGCGCUGCUGCGCGCGCGCUGUGACCCCGACAUGCGGACGGGAGACAUCAGAGCACCCCCCGACUACGGCGCGCACACGCUGCACGAGACGCCCCUGCACCUCGCGUGCCGUGCCAAGCCUCCGCACCUGGAGCUUCAGAGCCGAGGUCUUGUGCUGCUGCUGCUGCGCUUCGGUGCCGACCCAGGCCAUCAGGACGACCGCGGGGACACCCCGGCGCACCACCUCGCGCGCAAGGGCGACGCCGCGACGCUCUGGGCGCUCCUGUCGCGCGCGCGCCCCGAGCAGGCCGAGGCGGCCGUGAGGAGGCAGAACGCGCGGGGCGCCACUGCCGAGCAGGAGGCGCCGGACGGAGGUGCGCGGCUGGCCGUGCGGCUGGCACUGCGCUGCGGCCCCCGCAGCUCCCCCUCAGGGAGACACUCCUGCUGCCCGUGGGCCAGGAGCACGACCUGGGGCAGGACGGCCCGGGGGCGCACGCCGCGGGCGAGGACGCCACGUGGCGGGCGUACAGGUCGCGCCUGGCUGGGGGGGAGGGGCUCCUGCCGUUCGAGGAGGGCGGCGACGGCGUGA